UCACCAUUUUACCCUAUUCUGCGUUUAUCUGUCUGAAUCGCCGCUUCAAAACACCUUGUUUUGUUUUUACAUCUCAAAUCUCAUCCAUGGAUUUCCACACCCUUUCUAGAAGAGAGCUUCAAACCUUAUGCAAGAAGAACAAGAUUCCAGCCAAUAUCACCAAUGUUGCCAUGGCUGACGCUCUCUCAGCUCUUCCUCAAGUUGAGGGAUUGGAUGAGAUUUUGAAUCCAAGGGAAGGUGGUGAUGUUGGUACACCAGCUGUUAAACCUCGCACGGCUUGUAGAACUUCGACUCAAAGGAAACCAGUGAAAGAAUCACAAAGUGCUAAGGUCUCUACUAGGGUUAACCGUGGAGCAAAAGCUGGAGUUGCUGAAGGAGUGGUUGAGCAAGAAAACAAAGAUGCUAAUGUCCCUGUCACUCCGGCUGCUGUGCCGAGUGGCAGGAGAAGGGCGCCUGCAGUUUGUUCCCGCAGAAAGAAGGAAGUGAUUGUGAUCGAAGAUGGCGAUGAUGAUAAGACUGAGGCCCAAGGAAAGCCAGUGGAUGUGGCUAAAACUCCUGCUGUAGCUCCCACCAGUAAGUCAAGGGCUGGUGGCCGUUCCCUUCGCAACAAAAAUGAGAUUUCUGAAGGAACUACAGUUCAGAAAGCAUAUAGCACAAGGAGAUCUGUGAGAUUGUUGGGGAGCAGCUUGUCAAAAAUGAGCUUGGUGGAGACUGAGGAUACCAAACAGACCAAGACUGAUGAUGUUUCUGAAGAAAUGAGCAGUGUCUCCCAGUAUCAAGAGGCCUCAGUCACUGGAAAGGGGACUAGUUUGCAGACAGAAUCAACUGUGGUUUCUCAGAACACUGAUGAAGUUGAAGUUUCCUCUGUAAACAAGGCUGACUUUGAAAGCCAAUCACAUGAUUCUGGUUCAGAAGUGAAAUCAACUGAUGCAGAGGAUGUGUUGCAGGCUGAACCAGAAGAGGAGACUUCAGAGGAAGUCAAUCAUGUGGAGGCUGCACAGGAGGACCCAAGUUUAAAUCUGCAAGACAGUUUUGAGACAUGUGUUGAUAUAAAUGAAGCAGAAUCUAAGCAGCAUGAAAUAGAGGAAUCUUAUGAUGCUGAUGAAAUAGAAAUUAAGGAAAGCUUUGUAGCCGAGCAAGGCCAAGCUGUGGAGUUUGCUGAACCUGAAGAGGCUUCUAUGGAGGUUGCUGAUGAAACUAUUACCCCUUUGACUGGUGAUGAACCUGAUGAUGCUUCUAUUGAGGUUGCUGACCAAGCUAUUGCUCCUUGGACUGCUUCUGAACCUGAUGAUGCUUCUAUGGAGGUUGCUGACCAUGCUAUUGCUCCUUUGAUUGCUUCUGAACCUGAAGAUGCUUCUGUGGAUGUUCCUGACCAAGAAGUUGUUGCUAACUUGUCUGUUGAGGUAUCUGAAGAGGCUUCUAAGCAGACUACCGAUCAAGCUAUUGUUAGCUUGUCUAUUGAGGCAUCUGAAGAGUCUGCUGAGGAGAUUGCUCACCAAGCUAGUGCCCCUCUGAAUGUUGCCAUACCUGAGGAUACUUGUGUGUAUGAUGCUGACAAAGAUGUUGCUGAUAUGUCUAUUGUUGUAUCUGAAGAGGUUCCUAACGAGAUUGCUGACGAAGCUAUUGCCACUCGUACUAUUGUGGUUCGUAAUGGAGCAAUGGAGACUUCUUCUGAGGAGCACCAAGUAGAGGAAGUAUUGGAAUCCAAACCUGAGGACUCCGAACAAUUCGUUGCAGAGACAGAGAAGAUAGAGGGUUCAUUUUCUGCAAUUCGAGCCGACAAAGAUGAAACUUCUGGUGGCCUUGGAGCUGAAAAUGAAAAAGAAAGCAAUGAAGUUGAAAAGGUCAUUUUACAACUUUCAAUGCUGGAUGUAGCUGUAAAGAAAGAAGACCAGAAGGGUACUGUGCAAUCUGAGGAACUUGUAGCAGUAGAAGACACCAAGUCAGCUGUGGUAGCUCAAAUCAAUGAUGAGAAGAUUGAUGAUACUGUGAUUGAGUCGGUAGCUCAGUCAGAAACUAAGGAAAGUGCAAAUGAAAUUCAAGCAGUUCCUAGGACUGAAAGUAGUAUGUUCAAUCCUAAUGUGAUGAAAGAAAAUCUGAAAACCAUUGAUGCUAAUAUGAGUAUUCGAGAGCUCAAAAAGAUGCUUAAGCAGAAGCUAGAUGGAAAUUCAAACAUAGCUGAUAAUGGUGCUGUUCAAAUGCAGGAAGUUGAGAAGAAAAGAACUGCGCUGCAAGCACUGCCACAGAAUGGGAACUGUGAUGCUCAGAUGGCUGAGUAAUAGACAAUUUAUUGUUGAGUGAAAUUUAGUAAUAUUAGAUGAGACCAUUUGAAUGUGGAACUCUUUUGGUUA